AUGGAGAAGAAAAUGAUGGCUUUCUUUGGGUUGGUAAUUACAGUCGUCCUCCUCAAUGCAUGUCCUGCAAUCGGAGAGUGCUACGGUGAAUUAGUUGAGUUGUUACCUUGUGCGACGUUCAUUAUGGGCCCUGGCAUAGGGCAGCCCCCAGAAAUGUGUUGCUCAGGUAUGCAACACGUGGUUGCUGAAGCUGAUACUAUUGAGAAACGCAGGAGUAUUUGCCAAUGUUUGAAAGACAAAGCUGUUGGUGCUAGCGUUAAAGUCGACCCUGAAAAAAUUAAGCACACUACUAAGGCGUGUGGCGUAAAAAUUCCUAUUCCUAUUGAUCCUAAUGUCGACUGCAACACGUAA